AAAACCUUUGUUUACUAACACGCAAGGGUUGAUCAUCUCGUAUUCAGUCAGUUAACAUAUCAAAUUCCUAAAUUGAUUUCAGGGUCCUAUCGACGUUCACGAUGUAAUACUCAGCGUUGUCUGUGUUGUGUUCGAUCGGAGAGGCCUAUCCCAUUUAAACUUCAACAUGCUGCGAUUUUUCCGGCGAGGCAACUUGAAAAAAAGACGGAGUGCAUCGUGUCCUAAUCUUGCCGAGUACGAGCCAGUCACCGAGGAUGGGUCUUACAAGAGAGCUGAAGAUUUAUUUGAUUCUUCCAGUGGGUCUGAAGAAGUAGAAGAAACUGAGAGCGAGGAAGCUUUUGCUAGUCGGCAAGAAAGGCUUACAGCACAGCGGUCUAUUAGACGAGUGCGGCAGAGAGAGAAAGCUAAACAGGAAAAUGUGGAGAAGAAUCUGAUAUCCCUGAAUGAUUACUUGGGUAAAAUGUCUGAACUGAAAAUGUGGCUGCAGGAAGAGAAAAGGAAAAAUGUAGAUGCCAUGAGAUCACCAAAAUUACGAGAAUACUACAAAACCUUCAUGAAACUGUGGAACAAACGGAAACUGCCCCCGAAGUACUAUCGUGGAUGCUCAGUGGAUCUGCCUGAUGCGGUUUCUGAGUCCCCAAUGUCAAGAUACACGGCUGUUGUACAACCUUCCACUCCAACUUCGCUGGCUGUCCUUCCAUCUGCCUUAGACAUCAGUAUUGAUAUGAUGGAGGAGGGUGCCGCUGAGUCCCAGUUUUCAACGUUUGGGAAAUCGUGCGAUGCAGACUGUGCCCAGUCAGAGGCUUCUCAAACCCAGUAUGACGUCCCGCCUUUGUCUACAAAAAGUCAGACUCUUCCUAGCUGUUUGACCAGACAACAGCCCAGAACGGCAUCGCUGAAGAGAGCGAGUCCCCAGAGAUUUGCUACAAUAACCAGAGGGACUCCAACUAGUAUGUUCUAUGUGAAAGGCGAUCCCAAGGUACAUGCUGUUUCUUCACCCCAGUGCCCAGAGAUUCCAAAUACACCCACGCCUAAUGCCACAAGGACUCUGCCAUACAAUUUUCAACCAGGGACAGGGGUUCAAGGAUGUAACAAUAAAAGCCUCUUGGAGAAGUUGCCCAAUCAGUUGAACAGGUCCUCAAGUGAAAGCCCUGUGUAUUCUUGUGUGAAGGAUGCCAUACCAUACAGCACAGGGAGCCCUAAGUAUGCAGAGAUCACUGAUGACCUGUGCCGAGAUAGGACGGAGGAUGAUGUCUUCUGCGACUACACCACGUUGUCCCCUUUUAAGCGGAUGGAGAAGCUGAGCUUUCUUUCAGAGCCUACAAAGAAUCAUCCUCUUAACAGACGCCGUUCGAAAAGUUUGGAGGACAUUUAUGCCGUACCUUCUAAGCUGAGCUCGUUUGGAGACAGACAGGCCAUUCCCGAAGAGAAUUCACCUGUCUGGGAGAAAACUCCUCCUGUGCCAGAAAAGAAGUAUAGUCCCAGAGAGUUACUUUCUUCCUUCUUAAGCAUGAGGAACCGGAUGUCUCCACUUGCUCAAAACAGUCUUCCUGAACGCCCUCCGCCCAGAGUCAUUACCAAACCCAGCUUUGCAGAACCGGAGAAUAUGGAAACCUCCCAGGAUUUUAUUGAUUCCUUUUCUGCCAAGAAAAGCCCACAGAAGAGGAGGUCACAGGAAAGUAUUGCUCAAAGUGAAGAAAUGCCUACACAAGGUAAAAGAUCUAAACCCAGCAAUCUCUCCGCCACUCUUGCCUCAUCUGGUUCUCGCAGUACUCUCUCAGUAAGCCGAACUAGUUCGGUCUCUUCCACGUCAUCAGCUCAAAGUUCUGAGAACCGGCCACAAGCGAAAUUGUCUAUUUUAACAGGUAGCCUUAAUCCUACAACAAGAAGUCGCAAGUAUAAAGAACCUUCUGUUAGUCAGCUUACACAAGAAGAGAAUAGACUGGAGAAAGAUGAUGGUCUCGAUGUUAUUCAAAUCCAACAACUAGAAGAAUCUCCGAAAUUCCCACGCCGCAGACUCAAACGGAGGUCAUCCGGCCUGAGCAUCACACCUGGUAAAGGUCUUACGUUUGGGAGAGUUACAAAGGGAUGUGCGUCGUCUCCUCGUAGAGUGUCGUUUGCUAAAGAUGUCAAGGACACAGAGGGAAGACCAACUCCACGUAGAUCUAAUUCCAAACGAGGUUUUGGCGUGUCGAGUAAUCCUCCUGUCACCAGGCAGUCUCAGGAGAGACAACAAUUUGAAACUUUCAUUGCAGCUCAUGUCUCUCCUCCCAAAAAGUCUAACUCUCCAGUCAAGACCAACAGCCCAAAUAUGAGUCCCACGAAAUCAGUCGCUGCUAUGGUUGGGAGACUGGCACCUCACUUACAGAAGAGAUUCAAAGAUUCAUUUAAAAAGGACCUUGAGAGUACCAUCUGUACUGAUAACAAUAGUUUGCAAUCUCAGGAUAAUCCUGCAAAUGAAACUGUCAAGAAUAAACCAGUCACUUCAAUUCUUAAAACCGAAGCCUCAACACUGUGGGCUGGUCCUGACAGAAUAGAGAGCGAACCACGUGGCGAGUUUGAAAAGGAUAUAAGUAUUUCUCUCGACAAAAACUCUGCUGGUAGAAUAUUCCCUCCCUCUCCGCAGAGGCAAGUUGGUAGGCGUGUUUUAGGCCCUCCGACAACCUCAAGCGCCAGUCUGAAUUCAAACAGCAGUCUUAAUUCAAAUGCCAGUUUAAAAAAAACUUCAGAAAAUAUUAAGGUAGACUCGGGAUCAGGGCAAAAGUCUUCAUUCAGAUUCCCUAAGAAAGCAAAUUUACCUGAGAAGACAAGCAAACCAGUUGCAUCUCAAUCUCAAAGUCUCAAAAAGACCCAAAGCACUAGAGCAUCUGUAUCAUCAUUACCUAAAUCUGUUAACUUGUUAGUAGCAAAGUUUACUGAACGCACCGCAAAUCUUUGUGCGAAUGAAGUCAGUGAAAGUGAUGGCUACUCCAGCAACGAAGAUGUUUUGAACUCCAGACCACUGUCUGUGAAGUCUGAACUGACUGUUGAGCUGCAGAAGCAGUCUUCUGAACCAGGAAACGCGACAGAUGCAUCUAAUAAGAACACUGUAAGCAUGCUUGAAUCAGAAGUUUCCACAAGUAGCAGUAAGAAGAAUUUUUCUCUAGACCUAUGUUCACAAGAACUUAUAAAUGGAAACAGUCAGGACACAAUGGCUAAAGAAAGCGAUAGCUGUGUGGAUGACUCGUGCAGUGACAGAUCUUCAAGCUUAUCACAGCUUCAUGAAAGUGAUAGUGGCCUUGGUGGUGAGGCGUCCAAUCCCAGGGUGGUGAGGAAAGGACAGCAUGAAUUAGAAACUGCCCUGUGUCCAGAAGAAAAACCUCUUAAUGUAAAAAGAACUGUUGGCGUUGACAGAAAAUUAAAUGACUGGAAUGAACAUAAUAGCGGAAAAGAUGUUGGUGGGCCCGAAGCCUCACACUUAUGGAAAAAGAAUCCUGUCAAAUGUCUGUCCAAUGUUGUGCCUCAGCAGAGAUCUCAGCCUUUAAGGUCAGAUUCUUUCAGAACUUCUAUUGCCAAUGCUCAAAGGAUUUUUGAAUUUACAAAUACAGGACAAGGUAGCUCUUGUCUAACAUCUUUGAUAUCUCAUUUAGAUGAACCAGGCAAGUAUCAGUCAAUGGAAUGUGGAAGUAGUUUUACAGAGCAAGAUAAUAUCCAUGAAAAGACAAAUGCUAAAGAUGAGGAUGCAUCUCCUCCUGAGGGCCCAGCAGCUUCAACAUUACCUCAUAUGGAUCAUAGAGACUCAAAGAAAAAAGAGAAUGGUCUUAUGAAAUCGCCAUUCACAAAGAGCAUUGAGACAGGUGCAAAUGAAGACAAAAUGUCAAUGGAAUUAGAUAUUGACAGCCCAGUGCCUGACAAAACAGAUGGUGAAGAAUUAGAGACAGCAGAAUGUUUGAAGAGAAUGGAGAGUAUCAGAGCAAGUCCCAAGGUCGUGGAAAACGAUGGGUGGAUAACGGAGAGGAGAAGAAGUAGCAGAGGAAAGAAGUCUCAAUCGUUCCGCUCUGCCCACAAUAGGUUCCUGUUGCGCUCAUCAUCCAGAGAGGAAGCUCUGUCACCAGAGAUACAACAGCCUCAAAGUGCAGAAGUCAAGGUUGGGCAAGUGGGGCAGGAGUUGUCCUCCGUGCUAAAUGCUUCAGAUAACAACAUUGUUGCAGAUAUGAAUAUCUUAUCUACUCCAAAGUCUAGUAAACCCCCUUCCAUGACCCCACAGUCUAAUUCAUCAGAGGUGAAUACAAAGCCAAGGGAAUCUCCUCCAGUGACUGCUCAGUGUGCUUCCAGUGCCCAAAGUUUACGUAAGAAGGCACCGCCCAUAAAGCCAAAACCUGCUGUUCUGCCCAAACCAUCCAAGUUUACUAAACCAGCUAGCUAUAAAUUAAAUGUUAACAAUUUUGUUAAUGCUUCAGCUUCCCAGCGACGAAAGUCAGGAGCUCGGAGGAGCUCAAUGACAAUGAGGCGAGAGUCUGGUGGAAUGAGGCGAGAGUCUGGUGGGAUGAAGGAAAACUACAUCAAAAAGAAUAUCAGUGCAGUGAGAAGAGAUUCGGGGCGGUCCAGUGGCCUAUCUAAUGGAACUGUGACUAAGAAAAAUAGUUUAGCUCUCAAGGACAGCAGGGAGACACCUCAGAAAGACAGCCCAAUCUCAUCUCGGAGAGAUAGCAGUAAAAUCUCGGCUCAAAGAGGUGGAAAAGUCAUGCCUCGGAGAGACAGCAAACCGUCAGUCGGGAGGGAUUCUAUUAGUACUCUGAAGAAAGACAGCCUUGGCGUGGCAAAAAGAAGAAGCAGCAGAGGAGGGAAAAAUGAAGAUGGCGGCCAUAAGAUUGCCAGUUUUGCAGAGAGGAGGAAAUUUUUCCAGCAACUGCAGGAAAAGGACAAGAGUAAAUCAUCUAAUGUAAAGCCUCUGUCUACGAGAAGCUUUAGGAUAAAUGGGCGUGGAGUGCAGGCCCAUCAGAGUGGGCCAGCAUCUGAAAGUGUGGCAGAUAGUAGAGUGCUGAGGGUGAAGACGCAGGACAAAGUGAAACCUCUGACUCUCUCCCCAAGUAGUGAGAUGGACAUCUAAAUGAAGAUUUCCCCAAGAAUAAGGAUGUUUAGUUCUUGUUUUUUACUUUUAAAAUUUUUUCAUUUUAGCAUCUUUUACCGAACUCUCUGAGGUCUAUUUAUUGUUUCUUGUAGCUCACAUGAGUACAGUGAUUCCGUUUUUUAAGUGGCAUUCAAAUAAUUUUGAGCACGCUAGUGUGUCAUAGUAUUUUGUUUGUGAAGUUGCACAUUUAAAAUUUACUCUUUUAUUUUGUUUUCAUGAUGAAAUAUGCCUUGAGGAUUAGUUCUCAGUAAGAUACUAAGAACCAAUUUUGCUGUUGUUUUGAACUGGUUCAACUGGAAAUUCAGACAUGGCAGGAAAUGCUCUUUCUAAGGCUUGGCUGCUUCACAUUCUAUUUGAAUUUAACUCUGUCCUGCCCACGGAAAAUCAUUGAGUUUUAUAAAAUGCCAGCUAUGUAAAUUCACCCUACCUCAGGCCUUAUUAUUUCUUUUGUUAUUACUUAGACUAUUUAUCUUUUCAUAUAUUUCAAGCUUUUUUUUAAUUGUUUAAAUCAAUUUUCAGUAUUUGGGUUAUAGUUUUAGCCAUUUUGUCAGACCAAGUAGCACAUAUUUAUAUAAAUGCUUUAAUGUCUUAAUUGUCCAAAUUUCUGCUAUUCACAAUGACGGUUAUAAAUGACCCAUGGUGGUUCGACAUAGCAUCCCUGUGUGAAAUCCAUGGAAGUUUUUAAUGGGAAAUGUAUAAGUAGAUUAGUUCUAAAGGUUUUGUAAUCGUAUUUUAAUCAGCAAAAGCUUGUUUGGGAUUAGUAUAUUUAGAUUGUUUUUGUGAUACUAUAAAGUAUUCCCUUGAACAUGUAUAUAUUUAUCAGCCAUUCUUAAAAGGUGGACCAGAAAGCAUUCACAGAUAAAUCUAUAGAUGAUGAUUUUUUUUUCGGAGUGGCAAGUGGCCCGAUCUGGGGUAGCUAACGUUUUGCUACUCAAAUGAAUUCGGUCGAUUAACCUGACGCUUCUGGCCCGUGGCGAUUUCUGCGCCUGUUCCGGGCGAAUGAAUUCGGUUGAUUAGGCAAGCCUGCGGCUUCUGGCUCGUGCGGAUUUCUGCGUAUGUUCCGUUAAAUCGCGUGAUCAAUCGCACAAGAUUCACAGUCACUGCUUGUCCUCCAAGUCAAGAGUCGGAUCGGUAAAACAUGGCAGCUGAAUUAUAUGUCGCAAAGACUUUCCAAAGUUUUAGAGAACUAAGAAACAAUUUCUAAAUUUUGCCACUUUUCACAUGAACGCAUUUGUAAACAACAGGGAUCAGUAAUUCUAAUAACAAACACCC